AUGACCCCGCCUCCGGCUACGACAAACGCUUCGAUCACGCCAACUUACAAGACGUUCGACGACCUUGAAGGCAAGUUUUGGGAGUGGAACUACUCCUCCUCGACACGAAGAGGAGAAGAUGCCAUGGAGAAAGAUAUGAAGGAUGGUAAUAAAACGAGAGGGGUGGUGAUGGAGUCAGGAGUCUGCAAUUUCUGCAUCAUUGUAUUGUUCUGGUGUUGUAAAGAGUGA